AUGGGCCUCAAUUUGAGAUGUACCAAGCUGUUAGUUAUUCUUCUCUUAAUUGCUUCCACUUCGCGGCUCUUAUUCUCACAAUUUGUUUUCGCAGACACAGGCAUUCUCGACAGUGAAGAAGCUAAUACAUUGAAAGAGAUAGCGAGGAAAAUAGGAAAGAAUGACUGGGACUUUGGAAAAUAUGAUCCUUGCAGUGGGGAAGGGCAGUGGAAUGCGUCUGAUGAGAGCGCACAUUUUGAGAGCAUUGUGGACUGUAAAUGCAACGAGUCUUCUUGCCAUGUUGUAAGCAUAUCCUUGAAGGCCCAGAAUCUUUCGGGUGCUAUCCCGCCGGAAUUUUCCAAGCUAAAUCAUCUCAAGAAACUGACACUGAAUCUUAACAUUCUCAAUGGUUCUAUCCCUGACCAGUGGGCUAGUAUGCAAUUGGUUGACCUCUCGAUUAUGGGAAACAGAUUGUCAGGCCCUUUCCCUACAGUUCUCACGAACAUCACGACUCUCCUGAGCCUGACUAUUGAAGGAAAUCUAUUUUCGGGUCCCAUUCCACCAGAUAUUGGAAACCAUCUGUCGUCAAACGCAUUCACUGGAGAAUUGCCAGUUGAACUUUCCGAGUUGAAGAAUCUGACUGACUUGCAAGCCUUUGCUUCCUUGUCCAGCUAG